AUGCUGAGGAGAAUGUCUGACCUAAUAGGAGAGUUCUCCAGCUUCCAAAUCAGUCCUCUCAGUUCGAAAAUCUCUGAAGGAACAUGCCCAACAGAGGCAAAAGUUAAUGCUCAUUCCAAUUCUGAAAUUGAUAGCAGCACUCAAUACAACCCUGGACGAAGAAACCAUGAACCUACCAAACCUAUCACAAUAGAUAAUGCUACUGGAGAAGUUUUAGUACGGAAGACUACAGGAAAAGCCAAAGUAAGAAAAGGACAAAGUGCAGAAGAGUAUCAGGAACAGCUUAGACAGUAUUUCAUAGAAGAGCAGGGUCCAACGAAAACUGAAGAGGGGCAUUUGGUGAUCAACGACUUUGAAAAAUUGAUGAAAGGCGAUAACCUGAAUUUUACUUUAAAACAAGAUCGACAGAGAAUGAUAUCAUAUGCCGAAAAAUUUUAUUACAACAGAGAUUAUUUAGAUUGUCUAAAAGUUUCUGAAACACUUCUCACUGCAUUUGAACCCUUCAAUAAGAAGAAUAAGAUGCUGCGAGAGUUAGAGGAGCUUAAAUAUAUGAUUGAAAAGUCGAAAUCGAAAGUCGUCGACCACCCUUCUAAAUAG